GAAGGACGAGGCGGCCCGAAGGGCCCGUGACCAACAACACCCCCCACCUUCCACGGCGGCCCCGACACCGGGACAACCCCGGCCACAGACACCCCCCUGCGGCCACCGCUGCAUCGUCCCCGGCCCCCGGGACACCGGCGGUGCUGUCACACACACACAGCCCCGCCGGGACUGCCCCGAUGCCGCCCGGUUCCCAGGAAGCCGGCCGGGCUGCAGAUUGGGGUCCCCACAGCUGUCCCGCUCUUGGGGACAGCCCCGUGGGGUGAUCCCUGUGGCAAGGCGGAGCGAGCCACGGGGACAUGGCAGGAGGAAACGGGAAUCCCAGAGGAAUGGGCUGUCUGGUUCCAGUGGGAUCUGUGGGAUCCCACUGGGGUGAGCCAUGAGGUCCCAAAGGGAUGGGCCAUGGGGUUGCAGUGGGAUCUGUGGGAUCCCACUGGGGUGAGCCAUGGGGUCCCAGUGGGAUGAGCUGUGGGGUCCCACUGGGGUGAGCCGUGGGGUCCCAGUGGUAUGAGCCGUGGGGUCCAAGUGGGAUGAGCCAUGGGCCCCCCCUGGGGUGAGCUGUGGUCCCCAUCAGAGUGGCCCUGGAGCAGCACAUGGGGUGGGCCCCUCGGUGCAGGCGGUGCGUGGGGCAGGAAGCAGGGGCGGAAGCCACAGCCCUGCACGGGGCUGUUCGCAUGCGCCCCAUGGCCAGCCCCACCCCACCAUGGCAGCUCUUGCCACCUUCCUGGUGCCUGUCCUCCUCCUCUGUGGGCCGGACCCCUGCCCUGCUGCUGCCCACAGCCAGCCAGAGGUGAAGUGUGUCCUUUUCAACGAGGAGUACAUGAACUGCACGUGGGGGAGCAGAGAGACACUCAAGGCCAACUACUCCCUCUACUACUGGUACAGGAACACAUCCAACAAGGUGGAGUGCAAGCAUUACUGGCAGGACCAGGACAUCAGAGUCGGCUGCUACUUCAACCAGAACGAGAUCAUCCAGUUCCAGCCUUUCCACGUCCUUCUCAAAGCCAGCAUGGGCGGCAGCACCCUGGAGAUCAGCAAGCGCAUGGAGCUGCAGGACCUGGUGAAACCAGAUGCGCCCGUCAACCUGACCAUCCACAACAUGAGCAACAACCAGCUGCAGCUGACCUGGGCCACCACAUACCCCAAAGCCAAGUGCCUGGAGCACGCUGUGAAGUACAAGAGCAACAAGGACACCGACUGGAUGGAGAUCUCGGUGAAUGGAGAUGUCUUCUCCUUACCCAGCGUGGACUACAAGAAGUUCUACACCUUCUAUGUGCGCAGCAAGGUCAACAAAUACUGCGGCAGGACCCAGCUCUGGAGCGAGUGGAGCGUUCCCGUGGUCUGGGGCAGCAACUCCACCAGCAAGGGCACAGUCCACUGGCUCUGGAUCCACACGGUCUUGAUCCCCAUUGCCUCCUGCCUGAUCUUGCUGGUCCUUGUCAUCCUGCUGGUGCGCAUGGAAAGGGUAUGGGUCAUCCUAAUGCCCCGAAUUCCCAACCCCAGCAAGAAUUUUGAUGAGCUCUUCAUCACCCACAAUGGCAACUUCCAGGAAUGGGCUGGAGUCCCCAAGGAUGUUGUGGAGAGCUUCAAGCCCAACUACAGCGAGAACAUCUGCUAUGUGAGUGAGCUGCCACCCAAGGACAGCUACGAGCCCCUCUGGGAGAGCAGCAACCCCCCACCAUCUGUGAUGCCUUCGGCCUCACCUGCCCCCGGCGAGCAUAGCCCCUACAAGAACAGCUAUGGGAGAGUGUGACACGCUCCUGCACCCCCCACGCUGCACAGCUUUGCUGCCCAAACCUCACUGCUCUGCAGGCCCUGCUCCCUGCUCCUGCCAUGCCUCCCCCAGCUGCCCCUGGUUUUGCUUCCUGCCAUGGCCACACUCAGCCCCCCAUGACACAGGGGCUGCACUGCACUGCAGGUGCUGGGGGAGCACGGUGUGCUGGGUGCCCUGGGGGCUGCACUGGGGGCACUGGUGGUGCACUGGUGCCCACAAGCACACCCAGAGACGUGUCCUGGCAAGCAGGCAGGGGCCACUGGCAAACUAAUGGGGACAUGGGGGAUGAGGAGUGCCAGGGAGACCAAGAGUGGAAAAAUAAUGGAAGACACCUGAAGAGUAUUGUAAACAUGUUCAAGUGACUUGCAUCUGGGUGUAGAAAAACAUAUAUACCAUACUCUUAGAUGUUUAGCCUUGUGUGUUUGGCAAGUAGAACUUCUGUGUUUAGAUAACACAGGCUUGUGAUAGACUUAGUGGCACCUUAUUUAACAUGCUUGAGAUUCCUGCCCUGCUAUGGGAAAGAUCAGAUCACAGUGGUAAACCAGGACUGCACAAAUCCUUGAUAAACAGGCAAAAACAGCAGGUUCAGUGAUUCUCCAGCACAGGCCAAGCUCCACAGUACCUGCAUCCCUGCUUGUCUGCCUCUGCCCAGGUGCUGCUUGGGGGAUCCUCCAGUCCUCGAGAUAAUGAAAAUAAAUUUCCUCUUUGC